AUGUGUAUAAUAAUGACAUCCAUCAAUGAUUUAAAUAAACCGUAUAUUUUUAACUCUACUUCAAUUAUUCGAGACAAUUUACCAUGGACUCCGGAACAUAUUGCUGUACUACUAAAAAAAAAAAAAUUGCCAUUUCGACUAGGAAAACGAAUAAUUGAUUCUGGUAUACAAUUUGAAAAAGAUUGUCAUCAUAUACAAGCGACUGUUGAAGAUUUUAUUCAAUGGAAUAAUAAUAAUGAUCAGAUAUUGGUAGACAAUAAUGAAUUUUCAAAUUAUUCAAAUAAAGAUUAUUUUGCCUAUGCUGAUUAUAUGCAUUUUAGAGAAUUGUUUGCGGAUGAUGAUUCUUUUUUAAAACUUAUUGAUUGGUCUCAAAUUGGUCUGAGAAGAAAUAGUAUCGAUUCAACAUUAUGGAUUGGAUCUCAAGGUGCUUAUACACCAUGCCAUUUUGAUACAUAUGGAAUUAAUUUUGUUUUACAAGUUUUUGGUCGAAAGCGGUGGCUUUUAUUCUCUCCUAAAACUGCGAUUAGUAAAAUGCAAACAAGAAUACCAUACGAAGAAUCAAGUGUCUAUGCCAAUAUAAAUUUUGUCUCGACAAAUCGUCAGAUAUUUGAAAGCAUUAAAGAUGUUGAUACAAUAGAAAUUAUAUUAAAACCUGGAGAUGUUCUAUUUAUUCCAAAACAUUGGUGGCAUUUUGUUUAUUCACUUGACAAAACGACAAUUUCACUCAAUACUUGGCUUGAACAACCUGACGAUAGUGUUGAACGUACGAAAGAAAUGAUUUCAAGAUAUUUAAUAUCAUCAAUUAUGACAGCUCACAUGUAUGAACCUACUCAAUGGCUUAAUCAUAAUGAAAUAUUGACUGAUAAUUUCACGAAUUUAACAAUUCUAUCCAAUCUUUUACAACAACAACAACAACAAGAACGAGAUGAGAAUGAUAUACAUGAUCCAGUAGAACCUCCAAUAAAACGUUGUUGCGUAGAGAAUGUGCAAAUAAUGCCUGCUCACCAUAUCGGACAAAUAUCAUUGGAAGAAAAACCCUUUUGUCAAACUAUGCACUAUCAGCAAUGUAAAAACGAUGAAAGUUCAAAAGAAGAAAAGCAACUACUACAAGAACCAGACGAAUUUGAUUUUUUAAAAAAUAUUGUACGAGCAGUAACUUCACCGGAUACAAUUGAUUUUAUAUAUAAAAAACUAAUUGAACAAUCAUCUAUGCAUGCUAAACCUUAA